AUUCAAAAAGAAAAUUUAGAGGUCAUUAGAGAUAGAAAUGUUUAAUUAUAAUUUACAAUAGCGAGCUGAGAAGAAAAUAAAACUGAGUCUAUCACUCUCCGAGUGUCCACUCAAGACGCAUGUGAAUACAUUGUGAUUGAGGCACCGGCUGAUACGAUGGCUAACACUGAGAAUCAUAUUGAUGACACACGUGAAGUUGAUGUGAGAAUUUUGACGUUAAAUAAAGGAGAGCAUCAGGAUGGAAUUUUGUUUCGAGUUAAGAAAGGAUGGCAAAUAGAGUUUCGUCUUGGACCGUCACUAUUUGGUAAAUCUGUUGAUAUAUUUACCAAUCAUCCUUUAACGGAUGAUAAAAAAUUUGAUAGACAUACUUACUAUCGACUGAGAUGGGUAAAUGAUGCUGCUGUUGUGAGGGUUUCUUUCGCUGGAUCAUUUCAUUAUUAUAUUACGGAUGCAAAAGAGAAGAAUGAAAUAAAACCUUUGGCUUCAGGGUACGUCUUAGUAGAACCAGAACUACCAAUUGGUAAAGAUAAAAAAUUGCCGUUAGAAUGUAUCCAAUGUCAGACAGUUUUGUCAAAAUGUCUAGGCGUGUUUUCGAGCUGGCGGGAAAAAUUAUUGGUAUCGAUAAAUUCGGGCUACAAUACGAUACAUUUUACACCAAUACAAGAGUUGGGAGGUUCUAAGUCGGCGUACUGUUUGAAUGAUCAGUUAAAGCUCAAUCCCGGGUUCAAUGACAGCGAAGAUAAACCGGUGACGUUUGAUGAUGUGGAAAAAUUGACGAACGAAUUGAGGAAUGAGAUGAAUGUUUUGUCAAUUGGCGAUAUUGUACUCAACCAUACGGCUAACGAGAGUUCCUUUUUGGUUGAGCAUCCGGAGUGUUCGUACAAUUGUUUAAAUUGCCCGCACUUACGUCCGGCAUAUCUUCUCGACGCCGCGCUGUUUGAAUUGACGGUGCAGGUGGCGGCUGAGGAAUGGGAGUUUAAAGGCAUACCUAGUGUUGUCGAGACUGAGGAUCAUUUACAUUCGAUCCGUUAUGCGCUGCAUACAUAUUUUCUACCAUUGGUUAAAAUUCACGAACUUUUCACGUUGGAUAUUGACCAAAUCGUUGGUGAGUUUUUAAACUUAGCGCGUUCUCAAAUGCCUCAGGAACCUGAUCAGCAGACUUCGGAUAAAGAAAAUACGAUUAAAAUAAUUCAAGAUCCUCAGUUCCGUCGAUUGAAAGCUUCAGUUGAUAUGAAAUUGGCGUUACGUAUUUACAAUAUUUACAGACAAGAUUGUUUUGACGAAGAGACGCGUUUGAAACGCUGCGCUGAAGAGUUUCGUAAAACAAUCCAAGGGCUAAAUGAAGCGAUAAUCACUGAAAUACAAAAUCAUUUGGAUGCUGCUGUAGAGAAUACCGUCGCCACGAUACGUUACUUCCGCGUGCAAGAAGAUGGACCCAGACUGAAAGAAGUCAGCGCAAGAAAUCCACUGACCGCGCGGUACUUCACGGACUACGGAUCACCUCAGUCGUUAAUAGAACGUGAAACGAUAAUGUACUCAGACAAUGGCUGCUACUUGAUGGCACACAAUGGCUGGUUAAUAAACAGCGACCCGUUGAAAAAUUUUGCUGAUCGCGAUUCAAACAUUUACUUGCGAAGGGACUUAAUCGCUUGGGCAGACAUCGUCAAAUUACGCUACGGCAAUAAGCCUGAAGACAAUCCAUUCCUUUGGAAGCAUAUGACAGAGUAUGUUGAGCAAACAGCCAGGAUUUUUGACGGAGUAAGACUAGAUAAUUGUCACUCUACUCCUAUUCCAGUUGCUGAGUUUAUGUUGGAUGCAGCGCGACGCAUCCGACCGGACUUGUACGUUGUCGCGGAGCUCUUUACUAAUUCUGAUAAGAAGGACAACAUAUUUGUCAAUAGAUUAGGUAUCACAUCGUUCAUACGGGAGGCGAUGUCCGCAUGGGAUAGCCAUGAAGAGGGACGUUUGAUUUAUCGGUACGGCGGCGAACCCGUGGGAGCUUUCUUUCAAUCAAAGCAGCGUCCACUGGUACCCUGUAUUGCGUAUGCACUUUUUAUGGAUCAAACCCAUGACAAUCCGAGUCCUAUUGAAAAGCGAAGUGUUUUUGAUCUAUUGCCCUCGGCAGCUUUAGUUAGCAUGGCUUGUUGUGCUAGUGGUAGCAACCGCGGGUACGAUGAGUUGGUGCCCCAUCACAUUCAUGUUAUUGAUGAAAACAGAGAGUACACAGCAUGGAAUGAAAAAGAAGCAACUGAUAGUAACGCUAAAUAUGUUGGAAGUAUGACGGGCAUAAUUUCUGCUAAAAGAGCUUUCAAUAAUUUACAUUACGCUCUGGGUAAUGAAGGAUUUUCUCAGGUAUUUGUUGACCAAAUGGACCCGGACAUUGUCGCAGUUACGCGGCAUUCACCAAAGACACACGAGACUGUUGUGUUGGUUGCGUACACGGCUUUCCAUCAUCCGGAUUCAAAUGCUACUGAUUUACGAAGACACGUUAGGCCGUUAAGAGUUGAAGGAGUCGUUGAAGAAAUUAUUUUCGAAGCGCGAUUAGCCUAUAAAAGUGAUAAAAAUGAGUCACCAUUUAAAUUUCCUGAUAAACAUAUCAAAGAUGAUGGUUACAUCAAUGGUCUAAAGAAUUACGUAGUUGACAUUCGCGAGCAUAUACAGAUUCCCGACUCUAAAAUAGUCGAAAAAGGAGAAUCGGGAGAUUUAGAAAUAACGCAAUUGAAUUUUGUCAACUUCCAGCCGGGUUCCGUCAUCGCUAUUCGCGUGUUGCUGCACUCUAACAUAAAACCAGCGUUAGCUAAAUUAAACCAAGUAAUUUAUUCAGUUACUAUGGACGCUAAAUCCCCGGAAUCAGAACUCCAGGCGAUUAUUGCUCGCAUGAGUCUUCCGGACAUGAACAAAGCGCUGUUCUGCUGCGACCAAGAAGAACGCGAAGAAACCGCCGACCACUUUGGAGUCUACAAUAUUCCUGCAUACGGUCCGCUAGUUUACGCAGGACUCCAGGGUGUCAUUUCACUUCUCGCAGAAAUACGCCCUCACAAUGAUCUAGGUCAUCCUUUGUGCGUAAAUUUGCGUGAAGGCAACUGGCUGAUUGAUUACAUAUGGCAGCGUUUGAAAAAUUAUGAAGGAACACUGGAGCUGAGCAAGUGGUUUGAACAAGCAGCUGAACCAUUCAAAUUAAUCCCACGUUAUCUAGUCCCCAGUUACUUUGAUGCACUUGUCGUUCAUGUUUAUGUUAUGCUACUAGAUCGCUGUUACUCAUUAUUGCCACCAUUUGUACAAGACGGCAGCACUUUUGUUGAAUUAAUGUCUCUAAACCGGAGUUGACAAACAAAGUCGGAGCCUAUUGCCGCGAUAGCUGUCGCACUCAAGCUUGGAGCGCGUCUGCGAUUAUCGAAGUUUUAGAUGAAAUAAAUAAACUAAAAUCACGUCAGUCUCAAUCGCAGUUGCAAUCUCAGUCACAGCCCCAAUCAAAUACACCAAAUAAAUUAAACUGAUAUAAUUUUGCGUGUCUUCACCAUCGACACUUACAUUUAAAAUUUUUAAAAUUAGAAAACAUGCACGAUAGUAGUUCUCAUGAACAAGCUGGUUUAUAUUUAGACAAUAGCGAUGCUCAAUCAUUUGUUGAUGUUCAUGUCGCACCCGGAGGAAGACACGCAUAUUUUGAUAAUAAUGAUGACUUCCGUUAUUGCUUACACCCUUCCAUUUUUUUUAUUAGCUAUUGUUACUUUUUAUAUCGUUUAUUUUGCUUAAGACGAUUAAUUAAUUUAUAUUUUUCGCUCUUAUAUACACGAACAAUUCUUCCGAAAUCGCGCUUAACAAUAAAUGAAAACUUCCACGUUUUUGUUAUGAACAAAUAAGAAUUUUUUAAAACAUUAACAUGAGAGAGAACUUUUAUCAGGAGGAAAAAAAACUGGAUACAAAUAUCUGAAAUAAUUUUGAAUCUGGUUCUUUAUCAAUUUUAUUAGUUUUUAUUUUUAUUUUUUUUUAUUAAUAACAUAAAGAUUAAAUUUUAAUCGAAAACUUUUUAUUAUAAUUUAAAAAAUUCUAAUUAUUGUUUUAUUUGUUAUUGAAAUUAUAUUUUUUAAAAGCUAAAGAAAAAUAUUUAUCAAUAUUACGACAGUUGAAUUUUAAAAUAUUAAAUAUAUAAUAGAAGAAAUGAAUAGUUUAUAAAAAUAAAUUUUAAAAAAAAUAGAAUUUAUCGGGUUAAAGAAAUAGAAAUAAAAUAUUUUUUUAAAGAUAAAAUUACAAAAAAAUAGAAAGUAUUUUAAUAUUUCACUUUGAAAAGCCAGAAGUUAUUUAUUUAAAUUCGUGCUAAAACUGCCAUUCAUAAAUUUUAAAAAUAUACAUAUUAUAUAUAAUUACCAAACAUUUACGCACAAACUAAAACAAUCAAAACAAUUAUUUAAAAUUUUAUUGUAGACAGCUUUAAUAUACAAUUUUAAUAAAUUUAAAGCACAAUUUUUAUUUAAUACCAAUCAAAGUAUGCUAUUUAUAUAAUUAAUAUGUAAAAAAAAAAUAUUUUUAAUCAAAUAAAUAUAAAUAUAUCUCUAAUAAAUGGUCAUAUAUUUAUUAACUAUCAUAUAUUCCUAUUUAUCACUGUGAAAAUAUUUAUAGUUUUUAUUUCAAUAUGAAAAGUGUCAGUAGUUCUUAGAUAAUUAAUCAAUAAAUCAAUUAAUUAAUAAAUAAAUUAAAUAACAAAAUAAUUUUGACCAGAUAUUGCACAUGCUUGAUAACAAAGAAAAACAAGCAAUCAAGCACCAAGGUAAUUAAAAACUACUUU